AUGGCGGAGCGAGGGGCUCCCGGAGGCGGCGGGGGGAGCGGCGGCGGCGGCCAGCGGGGCUCCUUGGUGCCUGUCCUCCUCCAGCCUCCGUCCUCCUCCGCCGCCUCCUCGGCGUCCUCCUCGGCGUCUCCGGCCCCUCAGACCGCCCCGGGGCAGCAGCAGCAGCAGCAACCGCCGCCGCCUCAGCAGCAGCUCCUCGUGCCCGGCGGAUCCUUCGCCCCGGGGGGAGCCGCGGGGGCCCCUCCCGGGGCGGCGGCGACCGGGGGCCGCCCGGUGCAGAUGAACCUGUACGCCACCUGGGAGGUGGACCGGAGCUCGCCCAGCUGCGUGCCCAGGUUGUUCAGUUUGACCUUGAAAAAACUCAUCAUGCUGAAAGAGAUGGACAAGGAUCUGAACUCAGUGGUGAUUGCAGUGAAACUUCAGGGCUCAAAGAGGAUCCUGAGGUCCAAUGAGAUUGUCUUACCUGUCAGUGGACUUGUGGAAACAGAGCUGCAGCUGACCUUCUCCUUGCAGUAUCCCCACUUCCUGAAGCGAGACGCCAACAAGCUGCAGAUCAUGCUGCAGAGGAGGAAACGGUACAAAAACAGGACCAUUCUGGGCUACAAAACUCUAGCUGUCGGCCUUAUCAACAUGGCUGAGGUUAUGCAGCAUCCAAGCGAAGGGGCCCUGGUUCUUGGACUUCACAGUAACGUGAAAGAUGUCUCGGUUCCUGUUGCUGAAAUUAAAAUCUAUUCUCUGUCCAGCCAGCCGAUAGAUCAUGAAGGGCUUAAAUCAAAGUUAAAUGAUCGGUCUCCUGACAUCGAUAACUAUUCCGAGGAAGAGGAAGAGAGUUUCUCCUCUGAACAAGAAGGGAGUGAUGACCCCUUGCACGGACAGGAUCUGUUUUACGAAGAGGAAGACCUUCGGAAGGUGAAAAAGACGAGGAGGAAACUGACCUCGACUUCCGCCAUUACUCGGCAGCCAAAUAUUAAGCAGAAGUUUGUGGCUCUGUUGAAGAGGUUCAAAGUGUCCGAUGAGGUUGGCUUUGGUUUGGAGCAUGUUUCCAGGGAGCAGAUCCGGGAAGUGGAGGAGGACCUGGACGAGCUCUAUGACAGCCUGGAAAUGUACAAUCCCAGUGACAGCGGCCCGGAGAUGGAGGACACGGAGAGCAUCCUCAGCACGCCAAAGCCGAAGCUCAAGCCUUUCUUUGAAGGAAUGUCGCAGUCAAGCUCCCAGACUGAAAUCGGAAGCCUUAACAGCAAAGGGAGCCUUGGCAAAGAUGCCACCAGCCCGAUGGAAGCCUCCAUCGGGGACAAAAUGAAACCCAGCCGGAGCAAAAAUGCAGAUGACAGCCUCAACGAAGCGGAUACACUGGAAGGGAAUGAACAGGAUACGUUUGGAGACUCUACUGCCACUUUAGUCAUCCCCGAAAAAAUCAAGACGCCAAUGAAGUCCAGCAAGGGGGAUCUUCAGAGCAUGGCGUCACCCAGCAAAAUGGACAGCGCGACGCACACGCCCCGGCAGAAGCGCAGCACUCCCCUGAAGGAGCGCCAGCUUUCAAAGCCCCUCAGCGAAAGGACCAACAGUUCGGACAGCGAAAGGUCCCCGGACUUGGGGCACAGUACACAGAUUCCUCGCAAGGUCUUCUACGACCAGCUCAACCAAAUCCUAGUGUCGGAUGCCGCACUGCCGGAAAACAUCAUUCUCGUGAAUGCCACCGACUGGCAGGGCCAGUAUGUAGCCGACCUUCUUCAGGACCAAAAGAGGCCCGUCGUCUGCACAUGCUCCACCGUCGAAGUGCAAGCUGUCCUCUCCGCGAUUCUCACAAGGAUCCAGCGAUACUGCAACUGCAACUCCUCCAUGCCGCGUCCGGUGAAAGUGGUGUCAGUGGGUGGCCAGAGUUACCUGAGUGCCAUCUUGAGGUUCUUUGUGAAGCAGCUGGCCAACAAGACGUCGGACUGGCUGAGCUACAUGAGGUUCCUCAUCGUCCCACUAGGUUCUCACCCUGUUGCAAAAUAUAUGGGCUCCGUGGACAGCAGAUACAGCAAUAUGUUUCAGGACUCUGCCUGGAGAGAACUUUUCGGUAAAGCUGAGCCCCCUGUGACAGAGCCUUUCGAUGUGGUUGGCCGGAUCUCGCAGUACGUGAGCGGAGCAAACGUCACCCACCAGUUGCCCGUGGCCGAGGCGAUGCUGACCUGCAAACACAAAUUCCAAGAUGAAGAUUCUUACCAGAAGUUCAUCCCUUUCAUUGGGGUGGUUAAAGUGGGACUCAUUGAAGAUUCUCCUGCGGCUAUAGGGGAUGGAGACGAUUCUCCCGUCAUCAGCCUCACCGUGCCCUCCACCUCUCCCCCCUCUACCUCCGGCCUCGCCAGGGACGUCUCUGCCACUCCUCCGUCGUCUCCUUCUAUGACAAGUGGGCUGGCGGUCAUGGGGUCCCCCAAUAGCCCCUACGGUGACGUCAUUGGGCUGCAGGUGGAUUAUUGGCUCGCCCAGCCCAUCGAGAAGAAGAAGGAAGGGGAAAAGAAGGAUGCCAGCUCUAAAAACACUCUCAAGAGUGUCUUCCGCUCAGUGCAGGUGUCACGGCUUCCAAAUAGUGGGGAAACCCAGCUCUCUGGGACCAUGGCCAUGACCGUCGUCACCAAAGAGAAGAAUAAGAAAGUUCCCACCAUUUUCCUGAGCAAGAAACCCAAAGAGAGGGAGGUGGAUUCCAAGAGCCAAAUGAUCGACGGAAUCAGCCGGCUCAUCUGCUCCGCAAAGCAGCAGCAAACCAUGCUGAAAGUUUCCAUCGACGGGGUGGAGUGGAGCGACAUCAAGUUUUUCCAGCUCGCCGCCCAGUGGCCCACUCACGUGAAACACUUCCCCGUCGGACUGUUUGGCUCCAAGCCAGCCUGAGGGCAGCAAGGAGGCCGCCCC